CCAUCCAUCCAUCCAUCCAUAUCUGUCUGCGCGUACGCAUAUCGUGUCACCGAUGGAUCCGCCGUGUCUGUCUGUUACUCACCCGUACGUAUUAUGCUCAGCGCAGCGCACCACCGACGUGUCGUCGGUGGUGACGCUCGUCAGCCUGUCGGUGGCCGUCACGUUGCGUAUGAGCACCCUCCCAUCAAUCGUCGCCAUAGGGGGCACACGAGGGGCCAUGUUGGCAUGUCCACCACCGUGACCACGGCUGACGAUGGACAUGACAUGGGAAAGGCGUUUCGUGUGUGAGUAUGUGAGUCAGUUAGCUUUCUGUCUCCGUUCGUACAAGGGCAUGGGUGGUCGAUGCUUCGUAUGGGGUGGCCCGCGAGAGUGACGAUAAGGACAGCUUAGCUGCACACACGGAUAUCCACACACACACACGCCCCCUCAUGUGUGUGUCCUUCAAGCGCCCACAUUAUAUAUGCCACAUACCUCUUUCUGUGUCAAGUCGUCGUCCGAUUCCUCCCCGGAUCCCUCCCCACUGCUGCUGUCACUGCUGCUGCUGCUGCUCGAGUCGGCACUGCUGCUGUUGAUGACCUGCUCAAACACCUCUGACGCACGGACACCCUGACCAGGCAAGCCACCACGCAGAUCGGCCAUCGCAUCCAACACAGACAUCGAGGAACCCCCAGCGGCUGGGAGGGGGUGGAGGGAAGGGGGGAAAGAGACAUCGGGCAUGGCCACGUAGCCCGUAGAUGCACUACCACCACCAGCAGCAGCAGCGGCUUCUGGGCCGCCCUGCCUCUGCCUCUUGAUUUCUUCGAAGUUGGCCGGGAGACGGCCGACGAAGUGGUCCGCUUCGAACACCGCCGCUGCAUCGGGGACAUCGGCCUCAUGAUGCGUGUGUCUCCCCGCCACCCUGUCCCUCCCCCUCUCUCUGGUGGCCCUCCUCCCGCCCCUUUGUGCCCUCUGCUUCUCCCGGAUCAACCGAUCUCGCAGCCGCGCCAUUGAGGCCUCGCGCAGGGCCUGCAGCGCUAUGGCACGGUUCCGCGGAGGGACGGGGGGGAAGGGCCGGCCCACAUAUGGGCUGCGGGACGACGAGCUGUCGGCUAUGAGGUUGUGGAAGCGGCUCACGUACAUCCGACCGGUGCGGGCGUCGCGCACCACGAAGGGCGGGAUGGUGUCAUCCUCUGCGUCGUCGACCAUGUGGGUGUGGGUGUGCAUGUGUGGAGGCGCCUCAUCGAUGAACCCCAGGCCCCCAUCAAGCGGCGGGGGAAGGAAGAAGGCCGAAAAUCCCUGGCCCAUGAGCUCAUCCACCGACUCAUCUCCCCCCUUGCCCCCCGACUGCGGCUCGCUGUCCGCCUCCACCCGCCUCUUGCGAUAGCUGCGCGCCGCCUGCCGCACACUGCGCCUUGGGGCUGUGCAGGGUGCUGCGGGGGGUGGUUGUGGGUGGGGUCUCUCGUCUUUGCUCUGUCGUCGCUUCGUGGGGGUGGGUUGAUCGUCGCACACCAACGCACGACGUGCGGGCUUGGCCUUGCGAGAGGGGCUGCGUGUGCGAGGGAGAGGGAGAGGGCUGUCGGACGUGGUGGCCUUCUUGCGGGCAGACCGCACUCCCUGACAUAGCAACGGAAUGGAACGGAAUUACAGUGGCAUUUUCUCCUGAUGUCUCUUCCCAUUUCACUCGUUAUUGCCUACUUGUUUCACCGCUGCCCGCCGCUUGACGGCCUUUUGCUUCGGUUUUGGUUCGGUGGCCUUGUUGUCAGCCAGUAGGGCGUCGGCGGUGUGGCCGGCGGGGGGCAGACCCUCUGAUGUGGACACGUUGCGCACCACUGAUGGAGACGGGUCAUUCCCCCCUGCUGAUGCCGCCUUGUCGGGCAUUGGCUCGUCGCCCCCAACCUGCAAACGAUCAAGCAAUCCAGUACAAUUCGAUUUAUAAGCUUAAUGGGAUGAUGGAUGCAUUUGGGAUGUAAUAUGUACCUCCCCUGUAUCCUCCUGCGGCUCCUCCUUUCGCCCGUCGACUGAUAUCACCGCAACAGGCCCCUCUCCAAUACAACCACUCUCACGCACACCCUCAGCCCCUCCCUCUCCCUCCCUGCCCCCCUUCUUGGUGCCGACAGGACCCUCACUCGGCUGCCCUCCUGCUGCUAACGGUGCAUUCGGGAGGGCCCCACCCGCCAGUUCAUCCGCGGCUUCGUUGUCACCACCGUGCAUCUCGCUCGGUGGCUGCUGCUGCUGCUGCUGGUGCUGGUGGUCGUGAUCUUUGCGCUUCCUCUUUUUGCGUUUGGGCGGCAGGUUGUCCAUCGAGAGCCUGUCCAGCGAGAUGAUCCGCACACUGGGGUUGCGCCUGUGGCACUCCCGCAGGACCAGCUGCCGAUCGUCAUCGUUGAGCUCGAGGGGCCGCGACGUGCGAAGGGCCACCUUGCCCGCUAAAAUAGACUCCAAACCUGCACCAACCAAAUGGCCCGGCCAAUAAAUAUAGGUAAGCUGAAACACCAGUGCAGUGCACACACACUGGCAAGGCGAAGUGGGGCCUACGUGAGAAGAGGUCAGCUUUUGAGAUACGAUAGUGCGGACAGAGCGAUUCGAUGGCGUCGUAGAGUUUGCCGCCAUCGAGCACACGGGCCGUCCAAAGCGCUGCCAGCAGCAGGGCCUCCUCGCUCUCCCGCCAGGCAUCGGGCGGCCUGGAUGGGGGUGGGGGAGCAUCAACCGGCGCACUCAUUUGACUACAUGUAAAGCGGUCCUCACCCCCGCCCCCAUCCCUCCCCAGCAGACGUCUUUGUGCGCGGGAAA